CUCUGCUGUUUUUCGAUUCUUGUCCAACACCGAUGAACAACACCGUCUAGCAGCUGAACGGGGAGGACAAAAUCCAACGGUGUCCUACGGCAGUCAUGGCGGCGCCGUUAGCCCACUUCGAUGAGGACUGGCAAGAUUUUAACGAAUUCAAGCCGGUGACCGAUUCUCCAAACCGACUGGAUCUUCUGAACUCGAACACCGGCGACUCGUCGUCGGGCCUGGAAGAUUUGUCCGACCUGGACAACAGCUUCUCCGGUGAAAUUUGCAGCUUCAAAUCGAUGGAAGACCUUGUCCAUGACUUCGAUGAAAAGCUGAACGUGUGCUUCCGAAAUUACAACUCUAAAACCGAAAACAUAGCCCCCAUUAAACCUAUAGCGGAAGACACUUUCCUGAAAGAUGACGAGGUGUGGAACGCGCUGACUGAUAACUAUGGCAACGUGAUGCCUGUGGACUGGAGGACAUCUCACACACGCUCUCUCCACCUCCCCACACUCAACCUGAGAGACCAGCAGCAGCAGGAGAGCUGUCCUCUGGAGCUGUCUGAUGAUGAGGAUCUGAGGGAGCAGAUGGACAUGCACUCCAUCAUCGUAUCCUGCAUCAGCAACGAGCCCCUCUUCACUGCUGAGCAGGUGAUGGAGGAGAUUGAGGAGAUCAUGCAGGAGUCUCCAGACAUGGAGGAUGAGAGACAGACCCUCCCCCCUGAACUGAGCAUGCUCGCACACCCUGGCUCCAGCUGCCUUCUCCGACUGAGGCAGCUUACAGUGCCUGCGCUGACGGAGGCUCUGGAGGAGGUGGAGAGGCAGAUCAGAGCCUUCAGCGAGGAGCUCAUCCAGCAGCUGGCUCUCAGAGACGAGCUGGACUUUGAGAAGGAGGUGAAGAACGGCUUCAUCUCUCUGCUGAUCGAGGUGCAGAACAGGCAGAAGGAGCUGAGGGAGCAGAGGAGGAAGACCCGGCCUGCCCCCCAGGGGGCCCGCGCCCACCGCACACACGUACCGGGGACGCUCUUCACUAUAGAGGGACUCUCCUCUGUCAUUCAAAAUGGCCUCCGUCAAACUUUCAGCACAACAGGAAGGGACAAGCAGUACCUGACCACAGUGAUCCCCUAUGAGAGGAAGACUUGCUCGGUGGAAGACCUCCAGAUCCUCACCAAGAUCCUGCACGCUAUGAGAGACGACAGUGACAAGGUGCCCAGUCUGCUAACAGACUACAUUCUGAAAGUUCUGUGCCCUACUUAAACCCAGACGAGUUCCAGAACAUUCUAGAAGUCACAAAUGGAACACGCCAAGCGUUGGGACAUUCUGGAACACUCCCAUGAAUUAAGCCCCUCCCCCUUUCUGUAGUACGAGGCUUCUUCCUGUGGCUGUUUUUCUCCUCGACACCCUCGAGUGUUGAGAUUUUAACGUGUGAUAUUUUAGCUGAUUGACUGCCUGUACCCUUUUCCAAUCUUAAGCGUGUUUUAAUGUUUAAGUACUAUCUCUCGUAAAUUUGUACGUUGUCUCUGCAUGUUAGGUUCUCUUUAUUAGCAGUAUUACUCAUUGCAACCUGCACUCUGAUUGGCCAUUUGCCGUGACAGGAUGCUGUAGUGACUUUGUGUCUCAGUGGGCAGGAUGAGUUGUGGGAACCAAUGGGAGCUUGGCUCCUUCAAUCAGAGAGCACCCAUUGGUUCAUAGCAGUAGAUGAUGGACAGCUCUGGCAGUCAGCUGACAUCUUGUUUUCCUAAAAGAGGAAUGUUACAACCUUCUAUCACAUCGUCAAUAUAGCGUUGCACCUGUUCUCCAUGCUGCUUUAUACUCUAAUAGUGUAGGUACACAAACAUUAGAAGAAAAACAAACAUAUAUUUUAUAUACUUAUGAUCUUAAAAUUGCACAGUUUGGAAACACUUUUUAUGAUAAUUUCUUAACAAAAGGGACAGGAAAUGUAGGGACUGAAGUGGAAUGUGUAGAGGAUGUUGGAUGUGUAAAGGAUGUUGGAUGUGUAGAUGAUGUUGUUGCUGGAAGGUGGUGGUUUUGAGAUUAGAGGCUGUGACGGUGCUAGUCUGAGAGGAUGUUAGUCCGAGAGGAUGUUAGUCCGAGAGGAUGUUGCCGAGCAGCGACCAGGUCUGGUGACCAGAGUCCAGCAUCAUGCUGAGCCAACAGAUGUAGUGAUGCAUCAGUCUGCAGGAGAUCGCUAGUCUGACGAAGAAUGAGACUGAAGGUUGAUAUCGUGAAAGAUUUAUUAUUUGCUGCUCAUCGUACAUCCAUGUUUUUACAGUGCCGAAGCAUCACUACUACAUCAGUACAGUGUGGUAGUGGUACUAUCAGACACUAACAACACAUCUAUCAUCGAGAGUGUGCACUGAUGUGCUUUUUAUACACACACACACACGUAUGCACGUACACAUGCAUACUUAUACACACACACCCUAGAUGCAUCUAGGCAUACAUACAUACACACACAUGUACACAACACACACACGUCCUAGGUGCCCCUAACUACCCUCAGGUACUUGGUCAGGUACACCGCAUCCAUGUGACCCUGAACCACCGUCACUAAGGAUAAUGAUGAACAAGCUCAGUGUAGAUGUCUGCCAGCAGUGCAGACUAUAGCACCGUUCUUCAACCACACUCAUGUUGUGCUGGUUCUCCUGGCUGAGUUUCUUGUUACUUUAGCAUUAGUUGACGUUAGUUGAUGUUGUAUCUGUUAGCCUGCUACUCUUUGUUUAAAGACCGUAAACUGAAUCCUCAUCCCUAAAUCUCCAGUAGCUAAAGCUACAUGUGUGGUAUCUCCAACAUUCUAGUGUUGUAGGCUACCCUUUAAGGACUUAUUAGUGGUUGUGAUGUGAUAUCAGUAAGCAGAUGUAGCGGUGUAGUGAUACUAGCAUUGUUGUGGCGCUAGUACCUUCAGCCUUGUUUAGUAGCAUCGGGACAUGUUUUCGUACUUUGACAGAUCAUGGUAGAUUAACCCAAUUAAAGGGAUUCCUAAGGUUGGCAUUUAGAAUGUUUGGGAUGUCGUCCGGGGAUCAUUCAGUCUGUGUGUGUGUGUGCGAAUUCUUUGAGGCGUUAUUGACCAACAAGGAAAGUAAUGAAUAUGCCUCGUCAACUUCAGUAAUUGAAACCAGCCCCACAGUAGUUGGUGUAUAGAUUAAUGUUGGUAGCUAAUCGUCUCGUAAAUUGUAAACACCUUUUAAAAGCAUUCAACACCCGCAUGGGUUGCAUGCACGUUACAGCUGCAAACAUAUUUAGAGAAUGACACCUGAAUAUAUGAAUUGUAUCACACUAGACGGGCUAUAUAUCGGAUAUAUACAGUAUCCACGGGCAGCGAACCAUUGUUCAUGUUAAAAAAAACAAACAAGUAAUGUCGAACUGAAAUGUGUUCCAAGAUUUUCAGAUAGAUUUCCUCGUCCCUGCUGCUUGGUAGCAGGACGGUUGCUAGGUGUUGUCGUUAAGUACGUGGUCAGUUUACGGACUGAGACUAAGCCCCGCCCCGUCCGGCCUGGUCUUUUUAGCAGACAUAUCAUCAUAUUCAUGCUUAACAAGAGAUUUAUAUUUAUAGAGAAACUCAAACAACAAAUAAGGCUGCCUUUCUAAACGCCUGACAUUUUUGUAUAUUGAAUCGACUCGAUUAUUUUUAAUGCUAAAAUACUUGUUCCCCCAUUUGGGGUUUUUCUGUUUUCUGUUAUCCUUGUCAUGUGAUGUGAACUUAAGUACAUUAAUUUAUUAAGAAAAUGUUUGUUUUGUAACCGUAUUAUCAACUGUAGUGGUACAUGUGUUUUGUGCCAGAAUUGAAUUGCAACGAAUUUCAAAUAAAUCCAUAUGUUUACUA